AUGGGUAAGCUUUUAGAGUGCCCUUAUUUGAGUGCCUUCUUUUAUUUGCAAAGUCUUGAAUCUUAUGAAUGAAAUCACAUUGCAUUCACAGUUGAGCAUACAAAUCUGAAGCAGACAAAAAUGGCAUUCUAUUUAAAUGGAAUUACAGAUCAUCAAAGUGAUAUAGGAUCUGACUAUUUUAAAGCCACCAAAACAGAUAUGACUUUUACAUUAGGGGCAGAAAAAGAUGUAUCUGGCUAUAAAAAUUAUUUUAAUGGAUUUAUUUAUGAUAUUAAGGGGCACAACUCAGUAAAAAGCAUAUCAUCACUUGUACUGCCCGCAGCGCAGUGCACAGAAGCCUGCAAAGCAUGCUUUACAAAUGGGAUCUGUAUUCCUAACUGUUUAAUUAGCCAAUACUGGAUUGGCCCAGAGUACAAUAAAUGCUCCAAGUGCAGCAGUGAGUGCCUUAGUUGUAGGGAUUCAAGUGCUUUUUGUAAUCUUUGUGCUAAUCAAAAAUGUGCAUCCUGUUAUGAUUUUGAAGCAGAGUCCUGCCUUAAAUGCGUUUCUGGUACUUCAAACACGGCAAAUUGUCAAUGUGACUAUGGUCUUGCCUGGAACUCAAGUUCAGGAAUGUGUGCAACUUGCCAUCAAUGGCAAUUCAAAGAAAACGAUUCUUGCUAUGAUUGUCCUCCUCUUUGUGCUCAAUGUGAUAGUGAAAAUAAAUGCACAUGGUGCAUUAACAAUGCUGUGCUGAGCUCUGGAGGCUGCAUUUGCUCUCCUGGAUAUACAGGAAUAUCUAAUUGCACAAUCAUCCCCUUUAAUGUUACUCUCGUCAUCAACCAAAAUAAUACCCUGAUUUUGACCUUCAGUGAUGCCUUAAAGCAGGAUUUACAAAACGAGCAACUUUUGGUCAAAAUAAAUAAUCAUACGAUUCCAUCAUGGUCAAUUUCUAAAAUAUCAAGCACACAAUGUUUAGUAUCGUGUGACUUUGAUGGAAAGAUAUCAGAGGGCACUAAUUUUACAGUCCAUUUUAUAAAUUCAACAAGUAUUGCAUCUAUCUCUGGAGGUUUACUUUAUGAAGAGUAUUUAUCAGGCUCUUUAUAUGAGUCUGUAAUGACUUCAGAAGAGCAAGAAGUGGCUCAAAUUCAAAAAGCAAGUCUCUUCUGGGGUAAAAGCUUUAGCUGGGUUAAGUGUAGCUUUAGCAAUGCUCAAUCCAAAUCCUUCAGCAUUAUGAACUAUGCUGAACACCGUUCAGUUUUUUUCCUACAUACCCUAUGCAAGAUACCCUAUAACAGAUAA